AUGUCGACACAAAAUGUCACAGCUCUAUAUCCAAACACACCAACACCAGAUCUAUCACCAGAUUCCUGGGAUUUUGAUCCUGGAUACAAUUUGCUCCUACCAGGCGAUGAGGCAAACAAAAUAUUUACCAUCGUCAAUUUGUGUGUCAAUUCAAUAGGCAUGUUUUGUGCUGUGAUGGUUUGCAUCAUUUUGUUGCUUGUUCGACUCUACGAUAAGACAUUGGUCGAUCGGGUCAGUUUGCGUUUGACAGCUGCCGUCAGUACAGUGGACGCCGUCAAAUCUGCCGCGUACAUCAUCUUCACAUUCGUAGCGACUCCUGGAGCUGCUUGUGGAGCAACAGCAUGGCUGAUUCUCUUUUUAACGAAUCUCUACACCUUCCUUUCUGUUGCCAUUGCGUUCAAUCUACAAUGGCUGUUCUUACUCCGUAAACGUGUCCAUCCUUGGCUUGAAAUCAGUUACUUCGCAGUAUCCGUUCUGUUGGCUCUUGCGACCACCGUACCACCCUGGGCUGCUGGCCGGCUAGGACUGGAUGAGAAUUACGGUGUAUGCUGGUACAUCGCAUACUCAUCAAAGAAGACUAUUCUAUGGGAAUGGCUGACUUUCUUAAGCUGGAAUAUGAUGGGAACGCUCUAUUGUUUCUUUGUAGUUGUCGCUGUCAUUUUCAAGCUGAGGAAAAGUACGAUUGCCGUCAAAACUUAUAAUUCUCAUACUACGUCGUCCAAAGAUUUGACAAGUGCGCAACUUCGGGCACGCCGAACUCAGAGGACCAUGAAUAAGCUGGUUCUGAGAAUCUCUCUUUACGCUCUUAUUCCCAUCGUUACUCAACUAGGCUGGUACAUCAGUGAGUGUAUCAUGCAAUUUCAGCAUUAUUUGAACGUCGGAUUGGACUGGUACCUUAUUGUCACAACGGAUCUGCCCGGUGUACUGAACUUUGUUGCCUUUUGUAUGGACCCCGCUCUAGCAAAUGCUUUGCGUCAUAUCAAAGAAGACAUGUUGGAGAAGUAUGGCGAGCAAGGAUCUCUACAGUCCACCCCUUCCGAACAUCGCUUUGCGCGCUGGAUUACAAAGCACUUUUUGUCAGGAACUAAAAAGGUUGAUGAUGUUACUUCACCGUUUUACCGUAUGUCCAGUAGCCAGCCUUUGUCGAAGGACUACGAGCCCGACAGCAACAGUUCAUAUCCCGACAAUUUUGUAGCUUUUCCAUCUGCUACUGCUAUUCCCGUUACAAACGAUUCCCAAUCAACAAUGAUACAAAUAUCUGAAGCAGGCCAGAACGUCAGUUAUGAAAUGGGUCAGUUACAAACUCACUCUAAAAACAAGCCCAACAGAAGAAAGUACAGCGAGGACGAGGAAACCAAGAGAGUUUUCCGUGGACUGUAA